UCAGUGACAGAAGCGUCAACUCCGUGGGCUAGUUCCUGGCAUCUUGGUCUUCCCUGCAUCUUCUUUUUCCCAGCGCAAGCUGAUUGUGGUUUCGGCGAUGAGCUCCCAGAAAGGGAACGUGGCUCGUUCCAGGCCUCAGAGGCACCAGAAUACGUUUAGCUUCAAAAAUGACAAGUUUGAUAAGAGUGUUCAGACCAAGAAAAUUAAUGCAAAACUUCAUGAUGGAGUCUGUCAGCGGUGUAAAGAAGUUCUUGAAUGGCGUGUAAAAUACAGCAAAUACAAACCAUUGUCAAAGCCUAAAAAAUGUGUUAAAUGUUUACAAAAGACAGUGAAGGAUUCUUAUCAUAUAAUGUGUAGACCAUGUGCCUGUGAACUUGAAGUUUGUGCAAAAUGUGGAAAGAAAGAAGACAUUGUUAUUCCGUUUAAUAAAGAACCAGAAAAUUUUGAAAAUAAUCUACAUUCUAACCAUCAAAGAAGCUGCAGAAGAAAUGAAGAAGAAAGUGAUAGUGAUUUGGAUUUCAAUAUUGAUUUAGAUGACAAUCAAGUGGAUUAAUAUAACCUUAUUAAAAGUCAGUUUGAAAACAUGAAAUUCUGAACAGCUUUUGACUUUAAGGGUUUUACAAAAAAAUAUUGUGAAAUCCUAAUGAGGAAAUCAUAAAAACCUGUAGAAAAUAGGCAAAAUUUAUGGAUGGACAUUGAGGGUAUUAUGCUAGCGAAAUAAGUCAGAGGGAGAAGGUCAAAUACUGUAUGAUCUCACUCAUAGACAGAAGAUAAAAACAGCAACAAACAAACACAUAGAGACAGAGAUUGGAUUGGUGGUUACCAGAGGGGAAGGAGGGAGGGAGGAAGGUGAAAGGGUUGAUUAGGCACAUGUGUGUGGUGAUUGUAAUUAGUCUUUGGGUGGUGCACAUGAUAUAAUCUAUGCAGAAAUAGAAGUAUAACGAUGUACGCCUUAAAUUUAUACAAUGUUAUAAACCAAUGUUACCACAAUAAAAAAAAUACACAUCACCAACAAUAAAAAACAAUAGGCAAAAUUUAUACAUGGACAAUAUAAAUUGUGUGUGAUAUUUGAAUAAUUAUAAUACUUUAUCCAGAGUUUUCUUAUAAUAAAUUUUUAAGUAGCAUAUGCUAGGAUAUCUGCAAAAUUGGUGUUGGGUUAUCAUAUUGCAGUUCAUGGGAAUUAUUUAGAAUUCAGAUAUACUACCUAUAUCAAACUAAGCAAGAUUCAGAAUUGAUGGUUGUGAAAGAACUAUCUCAUGGAGAUAUCAGAUGACAUAAUUAUAUUACCAACCUCAAAAACUGGUCCUCAGUAAGUACCUUGUGAUAGAUUGAUCUCAAGUAAAUGGCCCACAUAACAAAAGCCCCCUUAAUUAUGUUUGCUUGUUUUAAAGAGAAAAGUUGAUUUUUUUAUAAUAUUUAACAAAUGUGUAUCAAUUUUUCUUUGAGAGUAUUUUUUUAUACCUUAUGACAUUUUUUACCUUUUUUUCUUGUGAAAUAUACAUACAGAAAAAAAUGCAUAAAAUAUAUAUGUAUAGUUUAAUAAAUAAUUAUAAAGAAAAGUCAUACAUCUAUCACCUAGAUGAAGAAACUAUUCCUAAACAAUAUACAUUAGCUUUGUCUUAUUUUUGAACUCUUUUUUUCUCUUUUUGUUUUGAAAAAUCUCAAACCUAAAGAAAAAUACUAAAUAGUGCAAUGAACCUUUGUAGACUCUUCACCUAAAUUGGCAAUUGUUAACAUUUUGUCACAUUUUCUUUAUAUCUCAAUAGAUGGAUAUGGAUAUAUAUUUUAUUUGCUGAACCAUGUGAAAAUAAGUGGCAGGCAUUGGUUUUGAAAUUUAUAUGAACAGACUCAUACUAUGCAUGUUAUUUUGUAUCUCUUCUUUAUUUCAUCAGGUUGUUGCAAGAGCUCUAAUUUGUUCAUUUUACAUUACUGUGUUUUAUUCCAUUGUAUUCACAUACCACAAUUGAUCUAUCCUCUCUAAUGUUGAGGGACAGUUGAGUUAUCUCAGAUUUUUCCUGUUAAAAACAAUACUGCUAUGAACACUGGUAUAUCUGUUUCUUGGUACAUAUGUGUUGUUUUUUGGUACACAUUUCUGUUAGAUGUAUAUCUAGCAGUGGUAGAGGAGAUCAGGUAUGUGCAUCUUCAGUAUUGCUCUAUAAUGCCAAACUGUCUUUCCAGAAGGAUUGUCCCACAGCAAUGUGUGAGAGAUCCAGUGCUCUGCAUCCUUUCCAAUAGUUCAUAUCAGACUUUUUAAUUUCUGUCAGUUUGAUAUGUGUGCAACAUAUAUCUUUUUCUUAUUAAUUUGUAUUUUCCUAAUUACUAAUAAGCUUGAGCCCCAUUUAAUGUUUAUUGACUUUUUGGUUUUUGGGUAAUAGAUGAUAUUAAUGAAUAGUUUUGGUGAAGUGUAAUAAUGUUAUUUAAGAAAUGCAUACUGAAAUAUUUAAGGGUGUAAUGUUAAUUUACUUUAAAAUAUUUCAGCAUAAAAAAGUAAAGGCACAGAUAACAUUUUAGUGGCACAAAAAAUAUGUUAUCUAGGAGUAAAUUUUAAAAAUACUCAAGAACUCUGUCCACAAAAUAUAAAAUCUUACCAAGAUCCAAAAGGGAGACAUAAAUAGAGAAAGAUAAAAAUAAAUGAGGAGUGAUACUAUGUUCAUGAUGUGGAAGUCUCAAUAUUCUAAGCUCACGGUCUUACAGAAAGUUUCUCUCCCGUAAAUUUAUGUGGUUUUCCUUUUUUGCAUAUGAAUUUAUUUUCUAGACUAUAUAACUUUUGUGGUCAAAGAGCCAACAAAAUUAUUAUUAGGCCUACCAUAAAUUCUUUCCUAUUUGAAUGAGUUAUAACUCCUUAGAUAACCUUACCAGGAGAGAGAUUUAACAAAGAGCAUCACCUAGUGACAUAUACUAAUAUCUGCGUUUCAUCCUUUAGUGCUAAGACAGGUUGUUUUGUUUUGUUUUUUAAGCAGACUUAAAUUUAAUUGUUACAUUUAGUUCAUUUAUAUUUCUUUAGGAAUUAUCCUUUCUAAUCUAAAAAUUAUUUUUUUAUUGCAAGUUAACAUGGAUCAAAAUCCUGGCUUUGUCAUUUACUAGCUGUAUGACUUGGUACAAAUUAGUUAAUCUUUCUGUGCCUUGGUUUCCAUGAGGUUAAUAGAAGGAUUAAAUGCAUUAAUGUGUAAGAUGCUUUAAACCUAUAAGAGCACUACACAAUUGAUAUUAUUAUUGCUGCUAUGUUAUUAUAUAUAUAAAUUAAUUUGUAUUGAAGUAAUUAGUAAUUACUAGUUAGUAAUGAAGACAUCAAUUUGGUUGUUUGCCUACAUUUUGCAAAAGAAGAAGUAUAUAUAUAUUCCAAAUGUAUGUGGAAUGCAGAAUGUAUAUAUAUGGAAUCCUGUUACUUGCAGAUCCGUGUUAUCUGGUUCCAGAGCCUGAUUUUAACUGCUGCAUUAUGGUGCCACUUUGUCACAUGUCAAAAGCAUUUCUGAAGGUAAAUAGAGAAAACUGUAUUAGAUGGAGGACAUGGCAUGAACAAGUUAUUGGUGACUAAAAAGGCUUGGAAUAGUAAUGGUAAUAAUAUAGCAAUAGCUGACAUUCGUUUAUUCAACAAAUAAUCGUUGGGCACCUAUGUGGGCAAGGCACUGUUCAAGAUACUUGGGGUACAACAAUGAACAAAACAGAGAUUCCUCUCCUUUCAGUGAUAACCUUUUAGUGGGUAGAGACAGACCAUAAGCAAUAAACAUAAUAAUUAUAUGUUGGAAGAUAAAAAGUGCUAUGGGAAAAAAUAAGGUAGUAUGGUGAUGGAUGGCGUGGGGAUGAGGGUGCACGAGUGGGUGGGAAGAGGGCUAUGAUUUUUAAAUAAGGUGGCCAGGGGGACAUGUUGAGGACUAAUGUUCCAGGCAGAGACAAAAAGCCACUGAAAAGCCUUUGAAGCAAGAUCGUGCCUGGUGUGUUCAAGAACACCAAGGAGGAAGGGAGUGAUUAGUUGGAGAGUCCUCUUUUCUGGGGUCUUAACUUACUGCCAGGGAUGUUCACUAAGAUAUCUCUGCUCUGAGUAAGCGCAUACCCCAGCACUGUGUGACCUCUGAAGUCUCUGCCUGCCUCUCAGCCCCUUGGCAGCUGUUCCCUGCUAGGACUCCUGGAGUUGUGCCCUGCGCGUGUGCAGCUUAGGAGACUAAGGAGUGACCAGAGAAGUAGGAGAACCGAGAAAGCGUGUCCUGAAAGGCAAGGGGCACUUGUACUGAAUGCCUAGUGUAUCCAGGCACUGCUCUAAACUAAGGCCUUUAUGUGAUAAGCUCAUUUGAAUGUUCAUUAUGGCUCUGUGUAAUGAUAACUAUCAUUAUCCACAUUUACAGGUGAGAAACUGACGUUAAGUAAUUUGGCAUACAGACAAAAAGGGUUAGGCCCAGGUUUUGAACCUGUGUAGUCAUCUGAUCCCAGAACCCCUUCUGCACUUUAUAGUUAGUAUGCAUAAGAAUAACAUGUGAGUUGCUGACUGAUAACUCCUCUAUAUUCCAUACUACUAUUCCAGGGCUGUGCUCACAAUCAAUCGUCCCUCUGCCACUUGCAUAUUCUAUUAUUUCAGACAAUUUACAGCUUUUUUCCUUUUUUUUUUUUUCUGAAGAACCUUUGGGUUCUGACAUCAUUGGAGAGUGCUCAGGUUUUUAGCCACUGCUUAUGUACCUGAAUCAAAUCACUUUUUUGUACUCCCCCCAUGACUGUUGAUUUCCACUUAUGAAUCAUAAUACCGUAAUCUUUCUGAUUAGGUGAUGUCACUUUAUCGUGAGACCUUGCAUAAUGGAAGGAAUAGGUGUUUGCCAGCAAUUCUGGAUAUAUCUAGUAGAUGUAUUGGGAAAAUAAGUUGUAGUCAUUAUCUGCUAAUACAGUGAUAAUUAUUAGGAGAAGAAAAAGUUGUUAUAUGUACUUGGUGCUUAUAUAUAUUUGUUUAUCAUGUAGGAUAAAUAGCAAUGCUCUGAGAAAGUGUGCUCCGUCUUCAGGUGACUAAACUAAGGCUCAGAGGUUAAGUAACUUGUCAAAGUCAAAAAGAUAACAAGUAAUCUGAGAUUCAAACCAAGAUUCUAUGUGGUUCUAUAGCCUAUAUUAUUUCAACUACAUUUAUGCAAAAUUACAAAUAUUCCAUGUUUCUAAACAUUUUUUUCUUAAGUGAAAUUAGUGACAAUGUUAACCUGAACACACCUCUAUCCCUUCCUUAUGUCCCUCUUUCUAGGAAACAUUGUAACAUUAAUCCUGUACUGAAUGAUUGCACUGUUCAAAAGUUACAUUUUUUAAAUAAAAUGAUUAUAGAUAUCUUCCAUAUAAC